CCAAGUAAAAUGAUCCGUGAACGGCACUCUUACUCUCUCCUCCUUGCUCAUUAAAUAGAAGGCGGCUCCAACCCUGUGAACGAUCACACCCUCUUGCGUCCCCUCACCACCUUGUGUCAUGGAUAUUGCACUUAGAGACCAUGUCUUCUCCUCUCUUCUCCACUGGAUCGAUCUCUUCACUCUCUUUCUAUCCAUCUCAAUAGAAGCCUACAUUUUUGUCCACAAAUGGAACCCCACGUACCACCUCUUCCCCAUGUCAUGCAUGCUUCUCCUCUCAGCCCUCCAACGCCUGGUAUUCACGCCCAGGCAAGUCUACCUCGUAGACUUCUCUUGUACCAAGCCUCCAA